UACGCGUCUCACUUUUAAUAAUUAUUAUAAUUAAUAUCAACUAUUUGUUUCAUAAGUUUUCAUAUGAUUUUAUAAUCGGACUGUGAUAUCUACCUGCUGAUCUAUUAUCUCCUCUCGUUUCUGCACUGAUUUUAUUAUUAUGGAAGCACUACACACUACAAUGGCAGCAUUGAUGGAGCAUUUCAAUAAGAAAAUGGCCGAGUUUCAAAAUGAACUGCAAACUCAAAAGGAAAGUACCACUCCUACCACUAUUUCUUCACUGGAAUCUAAUUUUAAGGUAUUCCAAAAGUUUGUCAACAUUGCACUUACUAGCCUCCAACAGCAGAUGGAAUUGCUUACUCGCCAACAAGAUCAGAUGGAGAUGCGUAGUCGACGUAAAAUGCUGUUAUUCCAUGGUAUUCCUGAGUCUCAAAGAGAAUCUGUUUCUCAAGUGAUAUCAAAGAUCAUUGUGGAGAAACUUGACAUCAGUGACUUCUCUGCUGACCAAAUUGACCAAUCUCGUCGAUUAGGUCUUUUUAAAAAAGAAAAAUCACGACCUAUCUUAGUAAAAUUUAGAGACUUGGAGAUGAGGAAUGAAGUGUGGUAUUCUAAAACGAAGCUCAAGGGUUGUGGCAUCACUGUGUCGGAAUUCUUAACGGCAGUGAGACACGAAGCCUUUUUAGCUGCUAGACAACACUUCGGCAUAAAAAAAUGCUGGACUCAUGAUGGAGUUGUUAUCAUCACUGGUACAGAUGGAACGAGGCAUCGCAUAACUUCUAUGAGUGAGAUAAAUAAACUAGUGAACUCGUCGCAAAGUUUGGCUGCAGAAGCUUCAUCAAACCAGAGUACAUCCACAUGUUCCACGGUUCCUGCGUCUCGAGCAAAGCGCGUAAAAAAGUAGUGAUUGCUCAAGCAUAAUUUACAAACUUUACCUACAUUACUGCUUUGCGUUAUUAGUUACAAUUAAAUUAUGCACUUGAAAACAGAUCUUGCCUUACAGAGUACCUACUUUAAAUUGUUUAAUAAGU